CUUUGUCGACUUUCGUCAUGCCUGGAUUCUCGCAGGCUACUGAGCUCAGCUCCUGGAAGGCUCUCCAGGAGCACCACACCACCCUGGGCCGUAACAUCGUGCUCAAGGAGUACUUCGAGAAGGACCCCCAGCGCUUCCAGAAGUUUAGCCGCACCUUCAACAACACCGUGGAUAACUCGGACAUCCUCUUCGACUUCUCCAAGAACUUCCUCACCGAGGAGACCCUAGGUCUUCUCGUGAAGCUGGCCAAGGAGGCCGGUGUUGAGGAGCUGCGUGAUUCCAUGUUCCGUGGUGACCACAUCAACUUCACCGAGGAUCGCGCGGUCUACCACGCUGCUCUGCGCAACACCUCCAAUGAGCCCAUGGAGGUUGACGGCAAGAGCGUCGUCGAGGAUGUCAAUGCUGUUCUCGACCACAUGAAGGAGUUCUCCGAGCAGGUGCGCAGUGGUGAGUGGAAGGGUUACUCUGGCAAGAAGAUCGAUACCAUCAUCAACAUUGGUAUCGGUGGCUCAGAUCUCGGCCCUGUCAUGGUCACCGAGGCCCUGAAGCCCUACGGCCAGCCCGGCAUGAAGCUUCACUUCGUGUCCAACAUUGAUGGUACCCACAUCGCCGAGGCGAUCAAGGACUCUAACCCCGAGACCACCCUCUUCCUUAUCGCCUCCAAGACCUUCACCACCGCCGAGACCACCACCAACGCCAACACCGCGAAGCAAUGGUUCCUGGAGACCGCCAAGGACGAGGCGCACAUCGCAAAGCACUUCGUUGCUCUGUCCACUAACGAGGCCGAGGUCACCAAGUUCGGCAUUGACGCCAAGAACAUGUUCGGCUUCGAGUCAUGGGUUGGCGGCCGUUACUCCGUCUGGAGCGCCAUUGGUCUGUCCGUGGCUCUGUAUAUUGGCUUCGACAACUUCCACCAGUUCCUGGCUGGCGCCCACGCCAUGGACAAGCACUUCCGCGAGACUCCCCUGGAGCAGAACAUUCCCGCCAUCGGUGGUCUGCUGAGCGUCUGGUACAGCGACUUCUUCGGUGCUCAGACUCACCUGGUUGCUCCCUUCGACCAAUACCUGCACCGCUUCCCCGCCUACCUGCAGCAGCUGUCCAUGGAGAGCAACGGUAAGGCCAUCACUCGCUCCGGCGAGUACGUGAAGUACACAACCGGGCCCAUCCUGUUCGGUGAGCCGGCCACCAACGCCCAGCACAGCUUCUUCCAGCUGCUGCACCAGGGUACCAAGCUCAUCCCUGCCGAUUUCAUCAUGGCCGCCGAGUCGCACAACCCCGUCGAGGGCGGCAAGCACCAGCGCAUGUUGGCUUCCAACUUCCUCGCCCAAUCCGAGGCUCUGAUGGUUGGCAAGACCCCCGAGGAGGUCAAGGCUGAGGGUGCCCCCGCCGACCUUGUCUCUCACAAGACUUUCCUGGGCAACCGUCCCACCACCUCCAUUCUGGCUCAGAAGAUCACCCCCUCCACCCUGGGUGCUCUGAUCACCUACUACGAGCACGUUACCUUCACCGAGGGAGCUAUUUGGAACAUCAACUCCUUCGACCAGUGGGGUGUCGAGCUGGGCAAGGUCCUGGCUAAGAAGAUCCAGAAGGAGCUGGAGACUGACGGUGAGGGCGGCGGUCACGAUGCCUCUACCAGCGGUCUGCUGCUUGCAUUCAAGGCGAAGGCCAACUUGGCUGCCGUCGCACUGCUCUCCAUCGCUGGUGCGCUGUUACCCUCCAGCGCGGCAGCGGGGGACAGCCGUGGCGACGGCGGAUACUCACACGGCCAGGAAAUCCCCAUAUCCUGCCUGAAUCGAACACUUCUGGGUAAACUCCAAUACGUACCCUUCGUAACAUGCAAUGAGACAUCCCGCCCUCUCUCAAUCCACUACGGCGUCCCAGAAACAAUCACCUGCACCGUCCCCGCCCUCUCAGACACACUAUACCACCUAUUGGAAUUCUACGUGCACUCCGACGUGCCCAUGACCUGUCGCGUACCAACCGCACCCCUAACACAAUCAAGCGCCUUCUCCAAGGACUCCGACUCCUCUGACCCCGAGACCAACGAAGUCGAAUCGAACUCCCUUUCCGCACUAAACGACAACGGCCCACCCUUCACACCCAUAACAAUCGCUCUACAAGGCACACUGCAAAAAAGCCACCUCCACAUCUGGACAGACAUGAACAUGCUAAUGCACAACAUGGCCUCGGACCCAGCAGCCCAAGACGAUACCUCGAACGCCCAAACCCGUCAACCCGGGUACACAGUCGCCGGCACCGCAUACUCAACCCCCGAAUUCGAAGCAGCGUUAGCAAAGAUCCAGCUAGAUGAGGACGAUAAGGCUGUUGCGCUGGCGCAAGCCGCGCGCGAACCUUGGACACCAGGGCACGGGACGAAGGUUGUUCGCGGUGAGCCGUUGACGUUUUCGUUCCAUGUUGCGUGGGUUGAGGGUGGUGCGGGGAUUGGAUGGCCUGAUCGGCCAGAGGAGUAUUCGUUCCUGGGUCCUGGGGGUAGGAUUGUUGUUGAGGGUGGAGGCGGGUCUGGGUUCUUUGCCAGUGUGUUUUUCUUCCUUAUGGCUGCUUCAGUUGGGGCUUUGGGGGCGCUUUAUUGGGAGAGGAAUCGGGGUGGAUUGAGGGGGAGGUCGGCUUGGAAGGGGGAUGGGAUUUUGGGCGCUCGUCCUUCUAGUAGUAGGAGUAGGUCUGGUGUGACUUUUGGUAAUGGGGGACGGAUUAAUGGGUAUGGUGGGUAUACUGCUUCUGCUGGGAAUGGGAAUGGUGGUGCUGCUGGUGGUGGGUAUGGAGGCUUCCCUGGUGGGAAGAAGGAUUGA